AUGAAAGCUGAUAAAAACUGGGAAUGUAUUCAAUGUAAUAAUGCCAAACACUUCAUGUGUUAUCAUGCAGGUGAUGGAUCGUCAUACAACUACACAUUAAUCCUUCAAAACAAAACCUGGUUUGAGGCUCAGAAGUACUGCAGAGAGAAUCAUAAUGAUUUAGUCACUAUUAGAAAUGAAGUUGAGAAUGAACUGGUGUAUAAUGCAGGUACACAGUACACUAAAGAUCCAUUCUGGAUUGGUCUUAGGUAUAAUAAAUCAAUACAACUGUCAUGGUUUGAUGGAGGACAGUCUGGCUACAUUAACUCUAUAAAUAAGCAUGACUUGUUUACUUAUCUUAAUUAUGAUGGGUCCUGGACCCAAAGUAACACAUCUGAGAAUGCAUCUGCUCUGUGCUACGAAAGUUUUGUUUAUGUGAGUGAAGCGAAAAUGUCCUGGGAGGAAGCUCUGGAUUACUGCAAUAGCAAUGCUUAUGGGCUACUGCGAAUCGAGUCACAGAAGGAUCAGACAGAAACAGAGCGAGCAUUACAGAGAAAAAACAUUUCUGGUCCAGUGUGGAUUGGGCUUAGACAGAGUCAACUUUUUGGUUUCUGGAUUUGGGUCAAUGGACUCCAUGUUGGACCCUGGACCAACUGGAAAGGAGGACGUCAACCAGAACAUCAGAUGUCUAACUACUGUGGUGCUAUGGAGAAGGUGAAUGGGACAUUCAAGUGGUCUAUUAAAGACUGCAGAUCUAAAUUGAAAUUUGUAUGUGAAAGAAGUUACUGA